GGAAGGGUAGUGGAGGGAGAGGGAGCUGGAGGGAGGUAGAAAAAAGAGAGAGACAGAGAGACUGACUGUAUCUGGGGAUUCUGGCAAGGUGAAGAGCUGGUCUGUUUGGCAGGACCUUCCCAUCUGGGAUCCAUCUGUGUUUCCCUGGAAUGGGACAAGCAGCUCUAGUCAGUGAGAAAUCGCAGAUGUGAGAGAGCUGACACAUGUCCAGCUAAUGAAAGAAGGAAGAAGGCUGGUCUCAGGCUGGGCUUUGAAGAUUAGGAGGAAAAAGACAAGCUCUUUAAUAUCUAUUUGAAAUAUAUUUGGUUUAUUAAGAACCUGAAUUGUUGUAAUCUGGGCAUUUGGGUUGGUCCUGAGAAAAGGGUGCCAGCAAUGCCUGGAUCGCCUGUGGAAGUGAAGAUACAGUCCAGAUCCUCACCUCCCACCAUGCCACCCCUUCCACCAAUAAAUCCUGGAGGACCAAGACCAGUGUCAUUUACUCCUACAGCAUUAAGCAAUGGCAUCAACCAUUCUCCUCCUACAUUGAAUGGUGCCCCUUCGCCACCACAGAGAUUCAGCAAUGGUCCUGCCUCUUCCACAUCAUCUGCACUAACAAAUCAACAAUUGCCAGCCACUUGUGGUGCUCGGCAGCUUAGCAAGUUGAAACGCUUCCUCACCACUCUGCAACAGUUUGGCAAUGACAUCUCACCUGAGAUUGGGGAAAAGGUUCGGACUCUCGUUCUUGCACUAGUGAAUUCAACAGUAACAAUUGAAGAAUUCCAUUGUAAGCUCCAAGAAGCUACAAAUUUUCCCCUUCGCCCUUUUGUGAUUCCAUUCCUCAAGGCCAACCUGCCCCUGCUGCAGCGAGAGCUGCUGCACUGUGCUCGUGCCGCCAAGCAGACCCCAUCCCAGUACCUGGCACAGCAUGAGCACCUUCUGCUCAACACAAGUAUUGCUUCACCUGCUGACUCUUCUGAGCUUCUCAUGGAAGUGCAUGGGAACGGCAAGAGGCCCAGUCCAGAGAGGAGGGAAGAGAGCGGCUUUGAAAGAGAUGCCAUUCCUCCUGAGCCCCCAGCCAAGAGAGUGUGUACCAUCAGCCCAGCUCCCCGACACAGCCCUGCCCUCACUGUACCACUCAUGAAUCCUGGGGGCCAGUUCCAUCCUACUCCUCCACCUCUUCAACACUAUACCUUGGAAGAUAUUGCAACUUCCCACCUGUAUCGUGAACCCAGCAAAAUGCUAGAACAUCGAGAAGUUCGUGAUAGACACCACAAUCUUAGCCUAAAUGGAGGUUAUCAAGAUGAGUUAGUAGACCACCGUUUGACAGAAAGGGAAUGGGCUGAUGAAUGGAAACAUCUUGAUCAUGCCCUGAAUUGCAUUAUGGAAAUGGUAGAGAAGACAAGGCGUUCCAUGGCAGUUCUGCGGCGCUGUCAGGAAUCUGAUCGUGAAGAACUGAACUACUGGAAAAGACGCUAUAAUGAAAAUACAGACAUGAGAAAGACUGGGAGUGAACUAGUCUCCAGGCAACAUAGUCCUGGGAAUGCAGAUUCUCUCAGCAACGAUUCUCAGCGGGAAUUUAGCAGCAGGUCAGGAGCAGGAUAUGUGCCUGUGGAGUUUUGGAAGAAAACUGAAGAAGCUGUGAAUAAGGUGAAAAUUCAGGCCAUGUCAGAAGUACAGAAAGCCGUUGCCGAGGCAGAGCAAAAAGCCUUUGAAGUGAUUGCAACAGAAAGAGCGCGGAUGGAACAGACCAUAGCGGAUGUCAAACGACAGGCUGCAGAGGAUGCCUUCCUCGUCAUAAAUGAGCAGGAAGAGUCCACAGAGAACUGCUGGAACUGUGGCCGCAAAGCCAGCGAAACCUGCAGUGGCUGCAAUAUCGCACGAUACUGUGGCUCUUUCUGCCAGCACAAGGACUGGGAGCGACACCACCGUCUCUGUGGCCAGAACCUCCACGGCCAGAGUCCCCACAGCCAGGGUCGGCCACUGCUUCCUGGAGGGAGGGGCUCCUCAGCCAGGUCUGCCGACUGCAGUGUGCCAAGCCCAGCCCUGGACAAGACCUCAGCAACCACCUCCCGCUCCUCAACACCUGCCUCCGUGACAGCCAUCGACACCAGUGGACUCUGAGCCCCAGACCCACCUUACCCUGAUGACCCUGUGGCAUGACAGACACUGCCAAGGGGCUGUGCUGAACCUGUGCAAACAGCUCUGGGCCAUCAGCAGGAAGUGCAGUGGAGGCAGGAGUGCAAGCCUAGCAGACUCUGCUCCCAAACUUCCAUAGACUUGUGCCCCAGUUCCCUCUGUGUCCUUGGGGAACCAGGGUGCCAUUCUCUGCGGAGGCAGCUGGCCAGAGCUGUCUCCUCCAUGGCCUCCUGGUUCAUUCCUCUCCCAGCAGGAACUGGCAUGACCAGCCCCCUUUCAGUGUAGACCACCAGCUCCCCUUCCUGUCUCUUGAGGCCACAGACUGUUGAAUGUGCCCAGCCAGGCUGGAGGCAGCUGGUCCUGGGCACUGCCCUCUGUCCACUGCCCUCCUGCAGCAGAUGCCUGGAGCUGGUAGCAACUAGGGAGGAAACAGCCCUCUGCCAAGGAGUGGCUCCUCUCCCUGGCACACAGCUCCUUGAGCCCCAUUUCCCACCUCAGCAAAUGCCAUUGAUGCCCCACCAGGACUCGGACAGGCAAAAAGCAGCUCUCAGGACUCCCUCCUCGACCCUGCUGUUCAGACUUAUUAAGAUUCUUAGAAACCACAGAAAAGAAGUCACCGUUUCAAUACAAGCACCCAUAAUAAUAAAAUAUAUAAAUAAAGUUUCCAGCAAGCAUCACAGAUCAUUUUGGACAAGAUUUCCCAACCUGGGUGGCUACUUUAGUUUGGGAUCCUUUUUUUCUCUCUUACUUUGCUUGUGCAAAAAAUAAGUUUCCAGCGCAUGGAUUGGUCGUCUAGAGAAUGAGACAAUUAUGGAUAGUCUCUUCUCUCUGAGCAUGUUGGCCAAACUAACACGUCAAAUUAAUGACUGGAUCAUCUGUUGGAAAUACAGAAACAUUUGUCAACCUUGGCCGUUUGCACAGUCGUCUUGUUCUGUCCCUUUAUCUCAGACCACGCGUGUCUGGGUCACUGUGUGGGUUUCCUUCCCGUCUCCAUUUGGUGCCUCUUAAGCUGCAGUUGUCCCAUAGCAUGUGAUAAGGUGUGGCUGGAACUUGCCUCACCAUCAAGGCCUGGUCACAUCUGAGCAGCCCUCUGGACCUGAAGGAAUUCUUCAAGCCCCAUGGUUUCCUGUCAUUAUAUAUACUAGGGCAGCUUAGCAUCAGGCAUAUAGUAUCACUUUCCCUUUUCUUAUGUUAUCUGUUUGGCACUUUCCCUCUUUGAGUUAAGGAAAGUUCUGUGAAAUGUGACAACCAUUCUGAGAGAACCUGACCAAUUUUUCUUCCCAACUUCAGGGAGUUUUCCAACUGCUUACCUGGCUCUGCAGAAAUGACACUACCUUUUAAAAUAUUUGGAACUGCCAACACCCGUUGAGAGCCCAAGGACCCUGACCCUCCUCUCUUUACCUCCAAGCCUCCGGCACCUUCUCUCCCCAAGGAAU